GUGGGAUCCUGACUUGAACUAAAGCAGCAAGAAUCAUCUGUGAACGAUGAAGCACGUGUUCCUGACUGGCGUUCCCGGUGUGGGUAAAACGACUCUGGUGAAGAGUGUGUGUGAGGCUGUGGUCUCCUCCGGGGUCUCUGUCAGUGGUUUCUACACAGAGGAGGUCCGAGAGAGAGGCAGGAGAGUGGGCUUUGAUGUGGUCACGCUCACAGGUGAUCGAGGACGUCUGUCCAGGCUCAGCACUGAAUCCGCCGCAGGUGGACGUGAAUACAGGGUCGGACAGUACGUGGUCGAUCUUCAGUCGUUUGAGAGUCUCGCACUCCCUCUUUUCAGAAACAUGUGUGAGGGAAGCAAGAAGGUGUUUGUCAUCGAUGAGAUCGGAAAGAUGGAGCUGUUCAGCCAAGCGUUUAUCCGUGCAGUGAGACAGACUCUGGACGCCUCCAGCUGUUCAAUCCUGGGCACCAUCCCUGUUCCUAAAGGAAAACCUCUCGCGCUGGUGGAGGAAGUGCGCAGCAGACAGGACGUCAAGAUAUUUAUGGUCACAAAGGACAACAGAGACACGAUCUUUGAUGAAAUUGUGUCUGCCGUACAAGAGUGCGUGAAGUAAAAGAGGAGGAGCUGAUAAUAUAUUUCUCAAGUCAUUUUAAUUUCAUUCAAGCGCUCCAUUCUUUCAAUAUAGUGCAGUGUGUCACACGUGUGAAAUACAUGCAUGUCUCUCUCAAACACGUCUCAUAAUGGAUCGACCUCUGCAUUAUUGAUUCGGAGCAAGCGCACUGGAGGAAGGGAGUGUGAGAGUCACGGAGAC